CUACCCUUGUAUAUAUUAAUCAAAACCCUAACCUCCAUUUCUAGGGUUUCAUUCACAGAGGAGCAGGUAAAAGAGUAGCCGCCGUUGAAGAACAGGGCAAUACGAAAUGGCCAGAAUUAAGGUGCAUGAGCUGAGGCAGAAAGCAAAAGCCGAUCUUUUGAAUCAGUUGAAGGAUCUCAAAGCUGAGUUGGCUCUCCUCCGUGUCGCUAAAGUCACCGGCGGCGCUCCCAACAAGCUCUCCAAAAUCAAGGUGGUGAGGUUGUCAAUUGCUCAGGUAUUGACAGUCAUUUCGCAGAAGCAGAAGGCUGCACUCAGGGACGCAUACAAGAAUAAGAAAUUUUUGCCUCUUGAUCUCCGUCCCAAGAAGACCAGAGCUAUCCGUAGGAGGCUUACCAAGCACCAGCUAUCUUUGAAGACAGAACGUGAAAAGAAGCGAGAAAUGUACUUCCCCAUGAGAAAAUAUGCUAUUAAGGUGUAGGGUUGUGCUAUCUUUUAAUUAGGCUGAUAUCCUGUUUUGCAAGUAUAAACGUAUUUGGUUGACAAGUUUUGACUUCUAUUUUAUUCUCCUUGCUUGUGAACUAGAGUUUCCUUUAUUUAAUCAUAUGUUAUCUUGGAA